AUGUCUCGCCAUGACCAAGUCUACCCUGCUAUGCGCAACUCGUUCUCCUCUUCGGAGGGCAGCUUCCAAGACGAACUCUUCCAGGACUCCCAAUCGGAGUGUUCCUUCCUUGACGGCAUGGCAUCUCUCGAAGCUGACAUGGUAGCUCCUGACGAGGACUGGGACCAGCACACUCUCUCGCAGGACUUUGGCAACCUGCCUAGACUCUACAACGUCACCGGCGUUGUGACUUCGGACGUCGUCGUCCGCUUCAAUGGUGGCCGCUCGGAGUUCCUCUCCCAGAAGGCUGUCCUCAGCGCAAAGUCUGGCUACUUCGAACGCGCAUUCUCGAGCAACUUCCCUGUUGCCACCUCUGAUGUGAUCGACCUUGGUGAUGAUGACAACCCUAAGCAUAUCUACGCCAUGCUCUGCUUCCUUCACGGCACCGAGUACCACAAGAUCCACCAGCGCAACACUCUUGGCCGCAACCUGGACUUCCACGUCGACCUCUACCUCAUUGGCGAACAGUUCGACAUUCGCAGCCUUCGUCUCAAGGCUGCCGAGACCUUCUUCUUUGAGGCCAACGCCCUUGUCGACACUCGCUGGUUCCCCAUGGCUAUCCAGAGAGUGCUUGGACCCGAGGGACCCGUCUUCGCCGACCCCUUCCUCAUCGAGCUCACCAUCAAGAUCAUCAUGGAGAAGAUGGAGUACCUGGUCAAGAACGACCGCUUCAUGGAGAUGGUCAAGUCCGGCGAACUCGCCGACGAAGACAUGAUGAUCAAGCUGUUCCUCGCUCUGGGCCAGCGCGUCAGGGACAUGUCUCGCCUGGACGUUUGGAUUUCCAAGGAAGACCGUCUUUCUGCCGCCCAGAGAGAGAUGCUGGCCGCCGAAGCUGGCAUGGGUGAUGGCCCCUGGGACGCAUCGACCCUUGCUGGACAGAUCAUGGCUGCCAGAGCUCAGAACGCUGCCCACGCUGCUCGCUCCAACCUUGCUCUGCUCGUCGCUCAGCCUACCUUUGCUCCUCCCCCUGCCAUUCUGACUUCGCACCACCCUGCUCCUCUUGUCAACGCUCCUGUUCGUGUGAGUCGCCCAGUUGUCUCCAAGGCCAGCUUCACCAAGAUCAUUCGCCGCACCUUCUUCCAGCUCAAGAAGACU